AUGGAUGGCAAGGAGUACAGCUGCCCAGCUGUGGCACAGAGGGAGCAGCCGGGCCCCAGACGGCUGGCCAGAGCAGUUGCGAAGCUGCGAAGCCUCUCCAUCCGUGCCCAUCUUAACAGCUGUCAGCUAGCAGAGAUGUGGUACGGUCCCCCCGGGAGCCAUUACCAACCUGUCCCUGGGCUCCUGGGUCUUCCCAAGGGGUCUGAAGGAAGAGGCAGCAGUAAUACUGCUCUUGAACAAACCACCUUUAGGUCUGACAGAUCCUUCAAAAUACCAAUGUCCAAUGUCCCGUCUUUGUUUCCUGGACCCAUCGUUGACCUGAUGAGCACAAUGGAGACCCAGUCAGAACCCUCAGAACUGGAGCUGGACAACGUGGUGAUAACAAACCCACAUAUUGAAGCAAUCCUGGAGAACGAAGACUGGAUUGAAGAUGCUUCGGGCCUGGUUUCCCACUGCAUUGCUAUUCUCAAGAUCUGCCACACCCUCACAGAAAAGCUGGUUGCCAUGACGAUGGGUUCGGGGGCCCAAAUGAAGUUGCCAGCCAGCCUAAGUGACAUCAUUGUGGUCGCCAAGCGGAUCAGCCCCAGGGUCGAUGAUGUUGUCAGAUCCAUGUACCCCCCGCUGGACCCAAAGCUUUUGGACGCCAGGACAACCGCGCUGCUCCUCUCCGUCAGCCACCUGGUCUUGAUCACCCGCAAUGCCUGCCACUCGCCCAGCGGCAUGGACUGGAUCGACCAGUCGCUGUCUGCGGCGGAGGAGCACAUGGCCGUGCUGCGCGAGGCGGCCCUGGCCUCUGAACCGGAGCGCGUUGCCCCUGGCGCUGAGGGGUUUCUCCAGGAGCAAUCUACGAUUUGACAGGCACAGCCGGAGGCUCUCAGACGUGCUUCUUCUUUGCCCCCUCUCGUCAGCCCUGUCAGGAGUAAGGAAGACAACCAGCCUCCUUCCUAGAAUAGCUUUACUUUCUGGGGCACCUCUCAGAGCUCCGGAACAGAAUUUCUGCUUGGUUGCCCCUUCAUUCUGGCUCCCCUGGGUGUGGAACAGCAGAAUCAAAGAGUUUGGGAUUUGGGGGGUCGCUUCUCUGACAAUAGAGGAGGGACUGAGUUGAGCUUUCAACUCUGGAAAUAAGGCCAGAGAGGCAAAGGGAUGAAUGCUGAAAAUCUUUGGCCUGGCCCCAAACAGCUUACCCUGUUUCCCCGAAUAUAAGACAUCCCCAGAAAAUAAGACGUAGUAGAGGUUUUGCUGAAGUGCGAAAUAUAAGGCAUCCCCCGAAAGUAAGACGUAGCAAAGUUUUUGUUUGGAAGCAUGCCCGACGAACAGAACACAGAAAAAUAAGACAUCUCCUGAAAAUAAGACAUAGCGCAUCUUUGGGAGCAAAAAUUAAUAUAAGACACUGUCUUAUUUUUGAGAAACACGGUAGAUGGUCCAAGGGAGCCCAGGCCAGUGGGCUUUCAUAUUUCCCCCCUCCCUGGAUUGCGAUGCUCUUGAAAGGCUCUGCUGUUCUGGAUCCUGGUCUGUAUUCUAGUGAUUUGUGGUUUGAGUUUAGACUGGCCAGUUGCCCAGACUGGAAACCGUAGAGAGCUCAAAACCAGUGCACGGUACCUGUUUUCAGUUGGAACUUUUCCAGCAUUUUCAGCUAGGCAGCUAUAGUGGUUAAGAGCACAGGAUAAUGCCUGUUGGGUGACCUUGGGCCAGUCACAGUCGUCUCAGAACUCUUUCACCCCCACCUAACUCACAAGGUGUCUGUUGCGGGGAGAGAAAGGGAAAGGAGUUUGUAGGCCACCUUGGGUCUCCUUACAGGAGAGAAAGAUGGGGUAUAAAAACCAACUUUUCCUCCACUUCUAAGUGGGGCAAAUUGACUUUGUAACCAUUUUUAGAGAUUUUUUCUGUACAUGCAAGAAAACUCGGCCAGGAUUCCCCCCCCCCCCCACUCCCCCACUGCCAUGUCAACAGUAAGUCGCUGUUCAUAUGUUACGGUGAACACAUGUAUAUCUGGUUCUGGAGGGUUUUCCGGG